UGGUCUCACCUGCCCUCCGGGAUUUCCAAACGCUGCUGGGCCAGAGCCCGCUGGAAACCGUUUCCGUGUGACACUGAUUCACGGCCGGGCCGGCGGCCGCGUGCCCGCGUCCCUCUGGGUGCGGCGCGCGGUCGGGGACGCUCCGGGCCCCGCUUUCACUUUCGGCGCCCGCGACGCGGCGGAGGCGGCAGCGGGCGCUCGGGCCGGCGGCAGGCCUCUAGGUUAUCCUAGCAACUGUCAUGGCUGACCACCAGCUGACGGCACUCGGCGUGCCCUUCCUCCCGUGUUGGCUGUUGGUUCUCCUGAUGGUACCAGCCCCUUCCUGGGCACAGAGCAUAGACGCUGCCUCUCCAAAUGCUGAGGAGGGAACACCCUUUCCUUGGAAUAAAAUGCGACUUCCAGAGCAUGUCACCCCACUCCACUACGACCUCAUGAUCCACGCCAACCUCUCCACUCUGACCUUUGAGGGCACUGUGGAGAUCCAGGUGACCAGCACCGAGCCCACCAGCACCAUCAUCCUGCACAGCCAGCACCUGCGCAUCUCUCAGGCCACCCUCCGGAUGGGCACUGGAGAGGGAGAAGCGGAAAGCCCCCUGAGGGUGCUGGAGCACCCGGAGCACGAGCAGCUCGCCCUGCUGGCCUCGCAGCCCUUGCUCGCUGGGCGCCUGUACACGGUCGCCAUCCAGUAUGCCGGCAACCUCUCGGAGAGCUUCCACGGCUUCUAUAAAAGCACCUACCGGACCCAGGAUGGCGAGUUGAGGGUGCUUGCUUCCACACAGUUUGAACCUACUGCUGCCAGAAUGGCUUUCCCCUGUUUUGAUGAACCUGCCUUCAAAGCAAGUUUUUUAAUCAAGAUCAGAAGGGAGCCGCAGCACCUGGCACUCUCCAACAUGCCACUGGUGAAAUCCAUAACUCUUACGGAAGAACUCAUUGAAGACCAUUUUGAUGUCACUGUGAAGAUGAGCACAUACCUGGUGGCCUUCAUCAUUUCAGAUUUUAAGUCUGUCAGCAAGAUGACCAAGAGCGGAGUCAAGGUGUCCAUAUACGCUGUGCCAGAGAAGAUCGACCAGGCCCAUUAUGCACUGGACGCUGCUGUGACUCUUCUCGAAUUUUAUGAGGACUAUUUCAGCAUCCCGUAUCCCUUACCCAAACAAGAUCUUGCAGCCAUUCCUGACUUUCAGUCUGGUGCUAUGGAGAACUGGGGACUGACAACAUACAGAGAAUCGGCUCUGUUGUUUGAUGCUCAGAAAUCUUCAGCUUCCAGUAAGCUUGGCAUCACCAUGACUGUAUCCCACGAACUUGCUCACCAGUGGUUCGGGAACCUGGUCACUAUGGAAUGGUGGAAUGACUUGUGGCUCAAUGAAGGAUUUGCCAAGUUUAUGGAGUUUGUGUCUGUCAGCGUGACUCAUCCAGAGCUGAGAGUUGGAGAUUAUUUCUUUGGCAAGUGCUUUCACGCCAUGGAGGUGGACGCGCUGAAUUCCUCACACCCUGUGUCCACGCCAGUGGAGAACCCCUCUGAGAUUCGUGAGAUGUUUGAUGAUGUUUCUUAUAUAAAGGGCGCUUGUAUUCUGAAUAUGCUUAGGGAUUACCUCGGUGCCGAUGCAUUCAAAAGUGGCAUCAUACACUACCUCCAGAAGUUCAGCUAUAAAAACACCAGGAACGAGGACCUGUGGGACAGCCUGGCGAGCAUUUGUCCUACAGAUGGCAGCACGCAAGGGAUGGAUGGCUUUUGCUCUAUUGGCCAACAUACAUCUUCAGCCUCUCACUGGCGGCAGGAGAGCCUGGAUGUGAAGAGCAUGAUGAACACCUGGACGCUGCAGAAGGGCUUCCCCCUGAUUAGUGUCACGGUGAAGGGGCGCCAGGUUCACGUGAGGCAGGAGCACUACAUGAAGGGCCAGGAAGGCGCCGCGGAGACCGGGUACCUGUGGCAUGUCCCUUUGACAUACAUUACCAGCAAAUCAGACUCUGUCCAAAGAUUUUUGCUUACAUCAAAAACAGAUGUGCUCACCCUCCCAGAAGAGGUAGAAUGGAUCAAAUUCAACAUGGGCAUGAACGGCUAUUACAUCGUGCAUUAUGAGGAUGAUGGAUGGGAUUCUUUGACUGGCCUUUUAGAAGGCGGCCACACAGCCAUCAGCAGCAAUGACCGGGCCAGCCUCAUCAACAAUGCAUUCCAGCUUGUCAGCAUCGGAAGACUAUCCAUUGAGAAAGCCUUGGAUUUAACCCUGUACUUGAAGCAUGAAACUGAAAUCAUGCCCGUGUUCCAAGGGCUGAAUGAGCUGAUACCUAUGUACAAAUUAAUGGAGAAAAGAGAUAUGAAUGAAGUGGAAACUCAAUUCAAGGCCUUCCUCAUCCGGCUGCUGCAGAACCUCAUCGACAGGCAGACCUGGACAGACGAGGGCUCCGUCUCAGAGCGGAUGCUGCGGAGCCAGCUCCUCCUGCUCGCCUGCGUGCGCAAGUACCAGCCCUGCGUGCAGAGGGCCCAGGGCCUCUUCAGGGAGUGGAAGGGCGCCAAUGGGAACUGGAGUCUGCCCAAUGACGUGACUAUGGCCGUGUUUGCUGUGGGGGCCCAGGACCCUGAAGGCUGGGAAUUCCUCUACAGGAAGUACCAGUCGUCUUUGUCCAGCACUGAGAAGGACCAAAUUGAGUUUGCCCUCUGCAUUAGCCCCAAUCAGGAGAAGCUGCAGUGGCUACUCGAUCAAAGUUUUAAGGGAGAUAUAAUAAAAACUCAGGAGUUUCCAGGUAUUCUUACAGCUAUUGGCAGAAAUCCAGUGGGAUAUCCAAUAGCUUGGCAGUUUCUGAGGGAAAAUUGGAAUAAACUUGUACAAAAGUUUGAACUUGGCUCACCUUCUAUAAGCUACAUGGUAAUGGGAACAACAAAUCAAUUCUCCACACCAGCGCGGCUUGAAGAGGUAAAAGGAUUCUUCAGUUCUCUGAAAGAAAAUGGUUCUCAGCUGCGAUGUGUCCAACAAACAAUUGAAACCAUUGAGGAAAAUAUACGUUGGAUGGACAAGAAUUUUGAUAAAAUCAGAGUGUGGCUUCAAAAUAAAAAGCUUGAAAGACUGUAACCAUUGGCUUCUUGCUGCUUCCCGUGAUUUUCGAGCACAAUGAUUCUGUUGAAUGUGCAUAAUUUCCAAUUAGAGAUGGUUGGCUUCGGCUUGGGCUGAAGACACUUCCUUCAGCUUAUUCAUAUGAUCUUGCCUGUGGCAAGCCUGGUGUUAUUUUUUCUUCGAUAGGUUAUUGCAACCAUGUGUUUUGUUUAUAAAAAUUGACCCAUAAAGUAAAUCCAAGCGACAGAUUCCCGACCACUGAGGACAAAAAGCCCUCACUUGACACCUGAAAUCUGAGAGAUUGGUGACAAGAUGACACCAGUAGUACCACUGGUUAAUUAAUUGACUAAGCAAGAGUUAAGUUCUGAUGGCCUAUUUCCGGUCACAAAGAGAUCAGCUUCCUUGCAAAUAAAUGGCCCAAACUUCCA